AUGUUGGGAUAUCACUAUGCGUAUUUUCACGAUGCGGUGAAAAAACUGGAAGGCAACCUCAGAGGGUCUUUGGAGGAGGACAAGCUACCUAUCAGAUUGCAGUUCUUCAAGACAAGCACAUCGCACCGUGGGAUAGAUGAUAUUCGCUUACCACCUAUUAUCGAAACCAGUACUUUACUAGAGGAAAGAGAUAUUUGGGUAAAGUUUUCUCAUAUCAAGCAGCAAUUAUCCAACAACUACGACAGAAAUAGGGAGUAUGAAGCGCCCAUCUCCGAGUCUCUUUCGAGAAUGGGUGUUCCCCAAGAUGAGCAUCUUACUGCUGUUCACAUGCUAUUCCAGGCGGUUGAGGACGCCGGCGACCCCGAGCUCCCUGUUGUACUGGCUGUGUGGGACAACACUUACCAUGGUAGAGGUGGAGGUGGAGAUGGAUGUAGGCCCCAUUCGAUUCCUGCGAGCAGAUCAUCAAUCCAGGGUUUGGAGCAAGUGACAAUCGAUAGUGAUAUUAUCACAUACUCGCCCUCAUGUGCUAUUUGUUUGGAGGAUUUUGAACAAGAACCAAUCACUGGGUUGCCCUGCCGACACCAUUUUCAUGUACAUUGCAUUGUUCAGUGCCUGGAGAUCAGCCACAUGUGUCCCCUCUGCCGAUACCCAAUGCCAACAGAAGAUUAA